AGGCCUCGGACGGAGAUGGCGGACGCCAAGCAGCAGGCGGCGGCGCCCGGCGGCGUCUGGAAGACCAUCAAGCCCUUCGUCAAUGGCGGCGCCUCCGGGAUGCUCGCCACCUGCGUCAUCCAGCCCGUCGACAUGAUCAAGGUGAAGAUCCAAUUAGGCGAGGGAUCUGCAGCUCAGGUCACAAAGAAGAUGCUUGCUGAAGGUGGCCCUAGUUCCUUUUACAAGGGUUUGUCAGCCGGUUUACUGAGGCAAGCUACCUAUACAACUGCUCGUCUUGGAUCCUUCAGGGUUCUGACAAACAAAGCAAUUGAGGCAAAUGAUGGGAAGCCAUUGCCACUUAUUCAAAAAGCCUUUAUUGGCCUAACUGCUGGAGCGAUUGGCGCCACUGUUGGUAGUCCUGCUGAUUUGGCGCUCAUUAGGAUGCAAGCUGAUUCGACCUUACCAGCAGCACAGCGGCGUCACUACAAGAAUGCAUUUCAGGCACUCUACCGUAUCUCUGCUGACGAAGGUGUCCUUGCACUUUGGAAGGGUGCUGGCCCAACUGUGGUGAGAGCCAUGUCACUGAAUAUGGGUAUGCUUGCGUCCUAUGACCAGAGUGUUGAGCUAUUCAGGGACAAAUUCGGCGCUGGAGAAAUUUCGACUGUUGUUGGAGCCAGUGCCAUUUCUGGAUUCUUUGCGGCGGCAUGCAGUUUGCCGUUUGAUUUUGUGAAAACUCAAAUUCAAAAGAUGCAGCCUGAUGCGACUGGAAAGUACCCAUACACCGGGUCUUUGGACUGUGCCAUGCAAACCUUAAAGAGCGGUGGCCCGUUGAAGUUCUACACCGGCUUUCCUGUAUAUUGUGUCAGGAUUGCCCCCCAUGUCAUGAUGACGUGGAUCUUCUUGAAUCAAAUCCAGAAGUUUGAGAAGAAGAUUGGCAUAUAAGAUCUCUAAUUGGAAACAGUAUCCAUCCUUGCUCGACACAUUUAAUAACAUUCCAGCAGCUUUGCAUUAUGGUGGUUGGCUUUUGGUAGACAGAGUUUAAGCAAUUUUACCGUAGCUUACAUUUGCUGUGGUACUCUUGACAUUGUUAUAAUAAUCGUAUUAUUUGUUGUAAUUGGGCAUUUUUUUGGCGGGAUACUUAAGUUAAGAGGGCAUACUACCUUUUUUUUGGCAAUAAUUGGGGACACUACCUUCUUGUGCCAUUGAAUUGAAUGAGACCAGAUAUUACAGAAAUCUUUGAGACGUUUCUCU